GUUUACAAUUGCUCAUUUCGUUGUUGCUUGAGUUCCAUAAAUGGUACAAAAACAAUUGAUCAUUUUUUAAUCUGCGUUUCGUUCCGUUACUUUGAAUUACAACGAAAAUUAACAAUUAAGAAAAAAUGUCGGCCACCGAACAGAUGCGAGCAAUGCUCGAUCAAUUGAUGGGCACUUCACGAGUUGGUCCAGAUGAUAAACAACGAUCAACCAAAUAUCGUUUUAAUGAUCCUCAAGUUUGCAAAAGUUUUCUCCUGGAUUGUUGUCCUCAUGAAAUUCUUGCUUCGACUCGAAUGGAUAUUGGUGAAUGUCCCAAAGUUCAUGAGUUUGCUUUACGAGCAGAUUAUAAUAAAGCAAGUAAAACACAACAUUAUGGAUAUGAAUUAAAUGCUUUUGAACAUCUUUCUCAAUUUGUCGCCGAUGCUGAUCGUCGAACUGAAGUAGCUAAAAAACGUUUGGCCGAAACACAAGAAGAGCUAAGUGUUGAAGCCUCUGAAAAGCUCAAUAGAGUUCAUGAAUUAGCUGAAUCUAUCGGGAAGAAGCUAGCGGCUGCUGAAGCUGCUGGAAGUGAAGGAAACGUUGAAGAAUCGCUCAGAUUGAUGGAAGAAGUAGAAAAAAUUAAGAAGGAAAAAAACGCUGCAGAAGCCGAAUAUAAAAGUUCUAUUCCGACUUCCAGCUAUCAACAACAAAAACUUCGUGUGUGCGAAGUUUGUUCCGCUUAUCUAGGUAUCCAAGAUAACGAUCGUAGAUUGGCUGACCAUUUUGGAGGCAAACUUCAUCUUGGCUUUAUAACUAUUCGAGAAAAAUUGGAAGAAUUGCGGGAAUUGGUGGAAAAUAAUCGAAAAAAAGGCUUAUAUAAACAAAUGAGAAGGGAACAUGAUGGUGAUAGAGGCCAUCAACGCGGUAGUAGUCGUUACAAUUCCGACCGAAGUGGCCGUUCUUCCCGUUAUGAUGAGGACCGUAGGCGUCGUCGAAGCCGCUCCAGAUCGAAAGAAGCUCCUGAACGCGAAAAAGAUCGAAAUGAUCGACGAGGUUAUCAUAAUCGAGAUCGAUAUAGUGAUCGCAGUGGCAGUAGCCAUAGAGAUCGUAGUCAUCGCAAUGGUCAUUAUUAAAUUACUAAUUAUGCGAAUUU